AUGGCUGCCGAACAGCGCAAGCUGCUCGAGCAGCUCAUGGGCGACUCCUUUAACGGCCUCUCCGCCUCCAGAACCGCCAACUUGACGCUCACCUCUUCCUCCGUCUGCCGCUCCUACCUCUGCGGCACAUGCCCACACGACCUCUUCACCAACACAAAACAAGAUCUAGGCCCUUGCCCCAAACACCACCCCGAGAACCUCAAAAUAGAAUACGACGCCCUUCCCGAAGCCGAAAGCGCUCGCACGGCUUCGACGCAACGGCGGCUGGAAAAGACGCCAGAUGAGAUUCGGCAGACCAAUGCGCUGCUCAAGACUAUCUCCGACCUCUCGAAAACUAUCAACACAGGCCUCCUCGAGAUCUCCGUCCUGGGCGAAACAGGGUCCGUGAGCCUAGCAUGUACCGAAUUCUACAAAGUGCGCACAGCGAAGCUAGCAAAGGAACAAGCGGAGCGCGACCUCAAGAGUCUAGCGGACACGAGCGGACCGUCUGGACAUCAAAAGCUGCAGGUGUGCGAUGUAUGUGGGGCAUAUUUGAGCAGACUGGACAACGAUCGACGUUUAGCAGAUCAUUUCUACGGGAAGAUGCAUUUAGGGUACGCGCAGAUGCGGAAGACUUAUGAGGCCUUGCAAAAGGAGCUGAAGACUAGAGGUCCGCCGCCGCCGAGGAAGUUUGAUGAUGAGCCGAGUGGGCCGAGAGGGUAUGGUGAUGGUGAUGACUGGGGAAGGGGUCGUGGAGGCGGGUAUGGUCGUGGUGGGGGCUACGGAGGCGGCGGUGGACGGUUUGGUGGAGGCGGCGGAGGUGGUGGCUUCAGGGGUAGAGGACGGGGUCGGUGGUAG